UGCAACUGGGUGCUGACUAUAAAUAACUGCAAUCGGAGCCACCUUCCGAUGCAACACCGAAGCAGUCUACUGUUGCCCACAGAUCUCUCUUCUCCAGGAGCCGGCUCUCGAGGAAUCAUUCGUCCAGUUUCUUCUCCAUGUUCCUUGCAAACCCUCCUGAGGGUUGAGGCUCCGACCCAAGACGUGCAUCGUCGUGCUGCAGCUGCAUGCCAUUCGAAGGUUGGCUGGUCCGUCUGGGUGGUGGGCCGCGAGUGGGUGUCUCCCGAGCUGGGCUGGGCUUCCUGCGGCUUUGUGGUCGCGGAUGAUUCAUAACAUCACAAUCGUAGGGGCAUAAAAAGGAGGAGGUCUUGACGGGCAAGAUAGAGUAUGGAAGUACAGGCUUCGGCGCAAUUCAAAGCUUGUUGCGCGGAGAUUUGCCAGAUCCUUCGACAGUGGCGAAGAUAGAGCUGUAUGCUGCAUAAUUCAAAGACGGGAACGGAUCGGAAGGAUCUGUUCCAGCGUUCGAUUGUCUGGGCUUUCAUGUCUUCUACUUUGGAUCAGGUGCGGGGUGAAUGAGAAACUACAGUCCGCACAUCUUGUAGCAAGGAGAUCUACUGAGGAUUCAUCUGCGGAAAUUCUGAGAUCACAGGCUGAUUCCCAAUGGCCAUGGAGAUGAGGACGCCGGUUGCGUUUUUCUUCAUGAUGCUUUUGUUGGUGCCAAUGUGCACUGCCUUGCGAUUUCCAGCCUCUUUCGGCAAAUUUGGACGAGUACCAGCGGUAGUGAGGGGAGAUAAUGAGCUGACUGCAGUGCUGAACUUACAGUACCACGCGCAGGAGCAACACCUCAGACCUCUGAGAGAGUCAGGAGCGGCAGACGGGUCCGAUCACGAUGAAUGCCAAGAGCUGAAUGGCUUCCAACUCACGCACUGCCAGAGAUUACGAUUCGAACGGCUUUUGGCCGAGGAUUACCAAGACGCACACGCGAAUGUGAACGUCGUGUACGCUCCUCUACCGGCCUGAACACCGCGUACUACUUGCAAUCUGGCGAUACCCUCUCGAAGAAUCUCAGUUGAGUUCCAGUCGGUCCAUCACUUUACUUGAUCAGGUUCCUCGAGCAGAAAGCACUGCGGUUUUAGACACUUAUGUACAUAUUAUCUGGCCGAAUGAGAAUAGUACAUGCACAAUUUUGUGAUCUUACCUGCUGCUUUGAUGCACGACGUCGCAGUCUACGUUUCCGACAGUUUACUGCUUCUUAGUGAAGCUUGUUUAGUUACUCCUCCCAUGUAACCGGACCCGACCUUUUACGAGCUUCAGUGAGCAGGUCGUCAACAUUUGAUGGACUCUGGAGCUUGAUCAGGAUCAGUGAUUGGAUCUUAAUUUCCCUGCUUAUUCUAUUGCCCUCGUCAAAACUGAACGACAAUGGGCCAAGAAUAAGCCCGGAGAUAGAUAUCCUGAUGUUAGGUUUUGUACAUUUAAAUCAAAGGUCUUUCACACCCAAACUAAAACGAAUUCAAAAAACGAUUGAAGAACUCCCUUAACAAAAUCCCCGGGAGAAGUUUUAGAUCUAGAUCUGUUUAAUACGAAUAGAAUCUAUGGAUCGAGCAGAAGACUCGAACCGAAAAAAUAUUUGUACGCCCUUUAUCCGGGUCUUUUGAUCAGUCACGUCUCGAGGCGAAGAUCAAGCUUUCAUCGAAGGCAAUACUUGAUUCUUCUGAGUAAAGCUAGAGAUUGAGUUGCAGCCUUCCGGUUUUA